CGUUGGUCUGACCCGUAGUGUACGCUGAGAAGAUGUUUCAUUGAAGGAAAAUCCUUUUAUUUCCCCGGUGAGUAAUCCAAUGUAGAUAUUUUCAUUAUUAGGACUGAAUACGCAAUCAUGCGGUUGAUUCUCUAAGUAAAUACUCGUUAAUCCAGUUUCUUCCGUCAUGACUUAAUCAAAUCAAGGAGUUCUUCUUUCGUUACCACCAAGAAUGACGUCUACAAAUUCACGUAAACUGAGUUUACCACAGCAUUUUUCAGGUUCUAAGAGUAAAGACUUACGCGCUAAUCGUACCUCGAAAGGAUCCCAGAAACUUAAAGUCUUACCAGAAGAGCCAACUAGAACGCCAGACAACGCUGAUUUCAUAGACGACGAUGAUGAUGAUGAUGAGGAUGACGACGACGACGACGAUAUCGUAGCCCCAAGACCAGAAGUCUAUCAGCAAAUAGCCAAGAUUCCUGCUGGUGCACCACGAAAAGAUGCUAGAUUGCUCACAAAGAAGGAGAAAGAGAGGUUACCGCGUGUAACAGCAUACUGCACAGCUAGUUCAUACAAGCAACCCGAACUACUCAAACAUCUUGAAUCGAGACGGUACACACAUGGUACAGAACCGAAGGUCUUUGAUGACGUUAUAUACACACCUUACAUGCCCUCGAGUAAUCACUCAAACAAUCGAAACGAAGCUGACGCGGAUUUGCUCGGUGUUCCCGAGCUAAUUGAUAGAAAGACGUCGAGAUACGAACGUUUCCAAUUGGGUGCACACACACCUGAUGUAUUUUUCUUCUCAGAGACUGGUGUCGUUAUUAUGUGGGGUAUGGAGGAAUCUAUGGAGAGGAGAGUUUUAUCUAUGCUGAAACGAUACGAGGUUGAGAAACUCGCCGCCGAGGAUGUAGAAAUGGAAGACCUGAACUUCUACUAUGCCGAUUAUACGCGUAUCUUCCACGACGUUAUAGCCCUCCUCAGAGGAUCAUCUUUCAUGACAAAGCUCGCUUUAUCGCAUGCAUUAGCACAGAGUGUGAAAAUAUCACUUUUUGAAGAGCUCAUAUCUGCUACGAUAGAGCAGACGAAGGAUAUACCACAAGAUAUAGCUGCUUCAGGAAAGAUUGGUAUGCCAAGAAAGGCUAUUAUGAUGCAAAUUGGACAAUUGUUUAUCUUGCGAAUGAAUAUCAAUCUCGUUGGAUCAGUUCUCGACAGUCCCGAAUUGUUUUGGACAUAUCCAGAUCUCGAGCCAUUGUAUCUUGCUUUCAGGCAGUAUCUGGAAAUUCGACAGAGGAUUGAUUUACUUAAUGCACGAGUGGAAGUCUUACAGGAUCUCCUACGAUUGCUCAAGGAGAGUGUCUAUAGUAGGCAUUCAGAGAGUUUAGAAACUGUCGUUAUCUGGUUAAUCGUUGUUGAGAUCAUACUUGGACUAGCGACGAUAAUAGUAGACCUUACAAUGUCAUAAUAUAAACUAUCUAAUUUGCACUUGUAUUAUUUUGUUUUAUU